UAAUGAGAAUUGUGGAAAGAGUUUUUCUUCCCUUUCUCUUCAAGUGUUUGUUUGUGUGUGUGUGUGUGUGUGUGUGUGUGUUUCAUCUGACAUCGUUUUUCCUCAACAUGAAAAAUAUCCAAUAAAAUGUGGGCGGCGGUUCAUCAUCAUGGUGGGACAAGAUGAAUAAACAAAAAGACACACACAGAAAAUAAUGGCAUCUAAAACUCCACCUCGUACUGAACAAUCGACAUCCACAUCAUUCGAAUCAAUUGGAUCGAUUGGUAUUGGUAAAACAACAACGACAGCACAAUCACCAUCAUCACCAAAUACGAAAUUGAUUCAAGAUAUUCCACGAUUACGACCAGAAGAUGGUGGUGCAUUGCCCGAUUAUAUUUGUCUUUAUGAUUGUAUUGUUUAUUAUAUGAUGUGUCCAAAUCAUGAUCGUAUCGCAAUAACAAGAUUGAAACGUGCACGUAAUAGUAGUAAUCGUGAUCGUCGUAUCAUAUGGUUACCAUUCAUUGUUCUACCGGAUCAUGUAACAUGGGAACAAGCAGCCAAUGAUGGUUUGACAUUGUUAUUCGGUUAUAAAGAUGAUGAAGAUUCGGCUCAUUCAAAAUUACCACCACCACCAAUGCAAGUGUCACCAAUGCAAUUUCUUCGCAUUCAACUUUCUGGUGAUCGUUACUUUAUUCGUUAUGCAUAUUUUGUUCAUAUUGAAAAACGAGAUAAUUAUGUUUGUUGUCAAGAUAUUGAACAAUCGGAUCGUUCAUCAGUAAUAACAUGGAUGUCAAUGAAUGAUAUCGUUCAGAAUGAAAACUUAUGGGGACCUGAAAUGUUGAAUUUCACCGAAAAACUUGCUGAACAAAUGAACGUUAUCGAUACUAAUGCUGCUUCUGGUUCAUCAACACCAACGAUGACUGAUACAUUGAUUGAUCUACAAAUCCACGAACAAACAUUGGAUAAUAUUGUUGGUGAUAUAAUGACUGAUAAAAUUUAUGGCAAAUUUCUCAAUGGAUGUAAAAUUACCUCCGAUAUGAUCAUAGCUGCUUAUGAAGAAUAUUUGGAACAUUGUUGGCCUGCAACAUUGAUGUGUAUGGUUGCAUUUAAAACAUUUCUCGUUCGUUAUGGUUAUCCACGUAAUGAUACUAGCGCUCAGGAAUGGAUAUUCAAUGCAUUGGAUAUUGAACGUUUAGGCUAUCUGAAUUUCCAUCAAGUUCUUGUCGGUAUUGUUUGUUUGGAUCCAGCUACCCCAAAUGAUAAUAGUAUACGAUUGAAAAUGGUAUUCCGUUAUUAUGCAUUGGAAAAGAAUCAAGAAUUAUUAUUUGAAGAAUUUGUUUCGUUGGUUCAUGAUUUACAUCCAUCAAUGGAAGCAAAAAAAUUACGACAAACUGUUGAAGAAUUGGAACGUAAAAUUCGUGAUCCAAAUGCUGCUGCUGCUGCUGCAACUGGUGGGGGUAGUCAGACCAUUACAUUUCAAGCAUUCGAACAAGCAAUACGUAAUCGUAUAUUGAAAGGUACGGAAAAAUUGGUACGAUCAUCGAAAUCAAUCAUAGGACAAAUGAUGCAUUUGAAUAAAGUGAAAAAUGAUUCACGUACAGCAGUGAUGGUUGUACGUCAUCAUCAUCCAAAAUCACCAAAAACACCAUCAUCACCAACUUCUAAACGUACUCGUGGUGCUGCUGCCGCUGCUCCUGGUACAUGUAAUGGAUGUCGUGCCCAAAAAUAUAAAUUCGGAACACAUUGUGUUUGUUUGGAUACUAGUGGACGUUGUGUAAAACCAUUACGAUUAUUCGAUGUGGAAAUUCGUGAUACAAUAACACCGUCACGUUAUUCAGCCGAAUAUGUUUUCGGUAUGAAUACAAUUUGUCGUAAUUUUCUAGAUCUUGUACGUCGUGCAUAUCAACAGAAUGAAAGUCUUUUUUCAACUACUGAAGAUUUACCAUUGGCGUUACAAACAAUACGUACAUUAUGUGAAUUUGUACGACUGAUUCUGGAAUGUGAAGAUCGUUUUAUGAAGAUAAAUGCACCAGCUAUUGUUAUUGGUGAUAUUGGUGGACGUAUUGAUUCGAUAAUGUCAUUGGAAAAAGCAUUCUGGACCCAAGUACCAAUCAUGACAACUAAUCUGAUAUUUUUGGGAAAUUAUGUUUCCGGCAAUAAUGGUAGUGAUGGUGGUUCGACCAAAUCAUCCAAAUCAAAUGUUGAUGUUAUAUGCUAUUUAUUUGCAUUGAAAAUUGCUGCACCAAAUCAAGUAUGUUUAUUACGAGGUUAUAAUGAAACUUGUGAUACAUCGAAAGAACUGCUAAAAGAAUGUAUUCAAAAAUAUGGCCCAGAGGAUGGCCGUCAAUUGUGGAUGGAAUUUAAUCGAUCAUUUAAUUUAUUACCAUAUGCUAUAUUAGUGGAUGAAAGUAUUCUUUGUGUUCAUUCUGGUCUACCGCGUGUAAUGAUGCCAAUUACAAAAUUUUCCGAAAUACCGAAAAAAAUUGCGAAUCCCGCAAAAGAAAGUCAAUUAGCAUUGGAGUUAAUUUCGAAUAUUCCAACCGAUGUUCCACAACCAAUUGGUGGUGGUGGUGGUGGCGUAACAAAUCCCGAUGAUCGUAAAACUGAAUUUGGUUAUUCAAUUUUUCAUACAUUUAUGCGAACCAAUUCACUUAAAUUUAUGAUUCGUGGUCAUGAUCAACCAUUGGAUGGUUAUCGUUAUUAUUUUGAUAAUCGUUGCAUAACGAUUACAUCGGCAUUGAAUAAAAAUUCAACAAUCAUAUUGAUUGAUAGUGAAAAUGAAGAACUACGUAUGAUUAAAGUGGCAACCGUUACUAGCAGUACAAUCAGUAGCUCAACAACAACAAAAACAAAAGAAGAACAAUUUGAAUAAUUUUAAUUUUCAAUUUUUAUAAUUUUUGGAAUCAAAUCAAAUUUAAGAGAAAAAAUUUAAAACCAAUCAUUUUUUAAAAUGUUGUACGACCUUCUUCAUCAGCAUUGCCACCGACACCACCACCAUGAAUAUGACGGUGAUGAUGAUGAUUUGAACGUAAAAAUGGAAUCUGUUCAUGUUGUAUAGCAAAUGGUGAUAUAUGUUGAUGUUGUUGCUGAAAUUGAACAAUCGAUCGACCAUCUAAUGGUAUUGGAUCACUUAUUUCAAGCCGACGAUCCGUUGGAAUGAUUUCCGAUUUAUCAUCAUUGUCAUCAAUUUGACGACUACUGCGACCAAGAUUAAGACGAAUUUUGAAAAUGAUACACGUGAAAUUUAAACAUGUACUAGCGACAACGAUAGUAACACUUGUAAAUGGUAAUAAAAAUGGUAUGAAUAAAUUCAA